UCUUUAGAUCGCUUGUGUAUGGGGGUCCAUUUCUUACACUUCUCAACUUCCUCUUUUGUUUCCCGUUUAAUACGCAAUUUGUUUUCAAGUGUUCCAGUAGACGGGGCUGGACUUGUUCUAAGGUUGAUAUUUUCCUGUUCCGAGCUAGGAAAACUGUUGUCAUCUUACAAGUUCCAAAUGGAAGAGACUUGUAGUACAGACAUGAUCUUGCUUAGUUUCCUUCAGCUUGGGGAGACCCAAGAUGAACAUUUCAACAGGGAGCUACACCUUUUGGACAAGGAACUGAAAACCAGAGGACCUAUGUCAACAGUUUUUUUCAAUCAAUAUAUUUAUCAUUAUGAAGAUGAACUUCAGACUGAUGGCCAUUUUUGCAGCAAUUUUAGAAAUUAUUUGGGAGACAUUGCUCCAGAAUUGAGAGCAAAUGCUGCAAAUGAGGAAGCACUACGGGAGAUUGCAAGACAUUUGGCUGAUAUUGCAGAUCAUUUAGAUCAGCGUAUGAUAGCAGAAGCUGCUCAAAAUUUGUCUCAGCAUAUGCAAAGUGUAAAUUUACGACAGGACUGGGUAGGCCUCCUUUCCACUGAGAUUCAGAAUUUCAUGAGGCAUGGCAUCCCUGGCCUACAGUAUGCCAAUGAAGAGCGGGUAAUGGUAGCCUUAACGAUGGCUCUGGUGAAAAGAAUUGGCUUACAGUUUCCAACCUUGCUGCGAAGUUUUUUCAGCACGGCUGUGCAAUACAUCAAUGAAAAUAUCCAGACACAGAUCAACCAAACAUAAUGGGCUUACCUUACCAACUGAUGUGCCAUUUCUUGGACUCUUUCCUGCUUUCAACCUGACGCUUUCUAAUGUGCUUCUGCCAGAAUAACCCAAGUUAGCAAAUAACCAAAAAUGGACAAAGCAUUUAACAUGUUCUUGUUUCUUCCCUUCCUUGUAUUCUUAGUGUUUACAAAAAAAACGGAUUAAGUUUGACAUUCCAUAGACCUGAAUACCUAUACGUUAAUUUCAUGGAGCUUGAUGAUACAUAAUGUGUAUAUACUGUGUUUUUUUUGUUUUUUUUAAUAACUAAAGAUCUUGAUCACAUUCUGAAGUAUUUUUGCUAUAUUGGAUCAGACCACUGAGACAUCACAACCCUGCCACCAUAUCUGUUGAAUCAGUGGGGAGAUUUUGAAGAUGGAGGACCACAGUGCUGUUUUCUCCAGUGAAGCAGAUCACAUGGCUCCAGGUGUGGUGGUGUUUUUUUCCCAAAUCAUGUUAAAGGGGCUGUGGUGGGCUGGCGUCCUGCCCAGGGUUUGUUUCCUGCCUUGUGCCCUGCAUUGGCAGGGAUUGGCUCCAGCAGACCCCCGUGAGCCUGUACUUAGGAUGUAGCGGGUUGGAUAAUGGAUGGACGUUAAAGGGGGCAUAUUCUGACCACUUCUGACAUUCAAACGUGUCAGAUACUUGUGUUACUACUCACACCAUGGAUAAGGAGGCACACUCUCUCAGGCCCCAUUUUACUGGACUUGCAUGUGCUUGGGAUGCUGAAGAUGCCAGGAGAGACGCACAUCCAGUGACAACCUGAACCUGAGAACCCAGAGCCACGAGGGUCACUGUGCUUUAACAAAAUGUCCCCAACUGUAUUUACUGCUGUCCCACUGCUGCCAAGUGAGCCCUUUAAUUAUUGGACACGUGUUACUCUGAACUGCAGAAACAGUUGGGCAAAACUCGAAUGAAGCCAAAGUGCCACUUACGGUUUUGAUCUUUAAAUAAUGAUUUUCUGUUUUAUUAUGUAAAAGUUUAUUUCCAAUUAAAAUGCAUCUGCAUUUAUUAAAAUCUGAAGAAAGAA